AUGGAGACAGAAGUUUCCACAGAGAGUGAGAGGGGAAGCACUGUCUCUUCAACCAAACAACCACAACACAACACUGAGACAACAGAUAAGAGGUCUGUCCGGCAGAGAUCAAACAGGACACCUGUACCCAGCUGUGUGUCCAUGAAGAGUGACCAGUCUAUGGGUCAUCCAAUAAAAUUCAGUGAAGAAAACUCUCACACUGAACAAAGAUGUGACAUUACACAAUUCAGCUCAUUUCAGUCAAAAACUCAAACAUUCAAAGUUAAGUCAUUCAAUAUUAAUCCCUUUGAUUCUUUGUUAAAGGAGCUGGAAAAGAAAAUCAUCACUUUUGUGAAAAGUGAACUGAAGAAAUUAGAGAAUGUGUUGAGUCCAAAUUACAGAGACAGUUUCCAGAGAGAGAAUGAGGAUGAGACCAGUGUCAGAGAGGGAGUUCUGAAGAUCACACUGCACUUCCUGAGGAACAUGAACCACAAUGACCUCGCUGACACACUGGAGAAAAAUGAGCUGAUGGUAACUUGUCACCAUGAACUGAAGUCAGAUCUGAAGAGGAGGUAUCAGUGUGUAUUUGAGGGAAUAGCAAAACAAGGAAACCCCACAUUCCUCAAUAAGAUCUACACAGAGCUCUACAUCACAGAGGGUGGAAGUGGAGAGGUCAAUAAUGAACAUGAGGUCAGACAGAUUGAGACAGCAUCCAGGAGACCAGCAACAUCAGAGACACCAAUACAAUGCAAUGACAUCUUUAAACCCUUACCUGGACAAGACAAACCCAUCAGAACUGUGCUGACAAAGGGAGUUGCUGGCAUUGGAAAAACCGUCUCUGUGCAGAAGUUCAUUCUGGACUGGGCUGAAGGAAAAGCUAAUCAGGAUAUCAAGUUCAUUUUUCCACUUCCUUUUCGGGAGCUGAAUUUGAAGGAGGGAAAACACAGUUUGAUGGACAUUCUCCAUGAAUUUUUCCCAGAGACAAAGGGACUGACAUUUACCAACACUGACAAAUACAAAAUCAUGUUCAUAUUUGAUGGUUUAGAUGAAUGUCGAUUUCAUCUGGAUUUCCAGAAAAAUAAGACUUUUGCUAAUGUAACAGAAUCAAGUUCAGUGAAUUUUUUGUUGACAAACCUCAUUAAGGGGAAUUUACUUCCCUCUGCUCUCCUCUGGAUAACCUCCAGACCAGCAGCAGCCAAUCAAAUCCCUCCAGACUGUAUUGACCAGGUGACAGAAGUACGAGGGUUUAAUGACCCACAGAAGGAGGAGUAUUUCAGGAAGAGAAUCAGUGAUCAGAAUCUGGCCAACAGAAUCAUAUCACACAUCAAGUCAUCAAGGAGCCUCUACAUCAUGUGUCACAUACCAGUCUUCUGUUGGAUUUCAGCCACUGUUCUAGAGAGAAUGUUGGGAAAGGCACAGAGUGGAGAGAUCCCAAAAACUCUGACUCAAAUGUACACACACUUCCUGAUCUUUCAGACCAAACAGAGGAAUCAGAAAUAUGAUGGAAAUUAUGAAAUGGAUACAGAAUGGAAUAAAGAGAGCAUUGUGUCACUGGGAAAACUGGCUUUUCAACAGCUGGAUAAAGGGAAUUUGAUUUUCUAUGGAGAAGACCUGAGGGAGUGUGGCAUUGAUGUGAGAGAGGCAUCAGUGUACUCAGGAGUCUGCACCCAGAUCUUUAGAGAGGAGUCUGGACUGUUUUAUGGCACUGUGUACAGCUUUGUUCAUCUGAGCAUUCAGGAGUUUCUGGCAGCUUUAUAUGUGUACAUGUCUCUCAGCAACAGCAACACCAAUGUUCUUGUCCAACAGCAAACAUCACUGGAUGAAUCUAAUGAAACAGUGACUGGAGAUGAAUCAAAUAAAACAGUGAGCAGUUUGCUUAAGAGUGCAGUGGACAAGGCCUUACAGAGUGAGAAUGGACACUUGGACCUUUUCCUCCGCUUCCUUCUGGGUCUCUCACUGGAAUCCAAUCACACUCUCUUACGAGGCCUACUUACACACAGAGCAGGCAACUCCAACAGCAAAGAGGAAACACUGAAGUACAUUAAGGGCAAAUUCAGAGAGAAUCCCUCUCCAGAGAGAUCCCUCAAUCUGAUCCACUGUCUGAAUGAACUGAAUGACCAUUCUCUAGUGGAGGAGAUCCAAAGCUACCUGAGCUCAGGAAAUCUCUCCAGAGCUGAACUCUCUCCUGCUCAGUGGUCAGCUCUAGUCUUUGUAUUACUGACAUCAGAGGAGGAGCUGGAUGUGUUUGACCUGAAGAAGUUCAUGAGAUCAGAGGAGUGUCUUCUGAGGCUGCUGCCAGUGGUUAAAGUCUCCAGAACAGCUCUGCUUAAUAGUUGUAACCUAACAGAGAAAAGCUGUUCAGCGCUAGUCCCAGUUCUCAGCUCAGACUCCUCCAGUCUGAGAGAGCUGGACCUGAGUCACAAUAAUCUGCAGGAUUCAGGAGUGAAGGUGCUCUCUACUGGACUGGAGAAUCCUCACUGUAAACUGGAGACACUGAGACUCUCAGACUGCAGUAUAACUGAGGAAGGAUAUGCAGCUCUGGCUUCAGCUCUGAGAUCAAACCCCUCACACCUGAUAGAGCUGGACCUCAGUGGGAAUGAUCCUGGAGACUCAGGAGUGGAGCUGCUCUCAGCUUUACUAGAGGAUCCACACUGUAAACUGCAGAAACUCAGGCUGUUGAAAAGUCCUGUUGCAGAGGAAGCCUGUGCUGCUCUGACUUCAGCUCUAGGUAAAAACCCCUUACUGCUGAGAGAACUGGAUCUGAGUGAGAACAAACCAGUGAGCUUAGGAGUGAAGCAGCUCUCUGCUCUGCUGGAGGAUCCACACUGCAGACUACAGAAACUGAGGCAGAACAGCCCCAGUGAUUCUGUGCUGUUUUUACCACCUGUUGGAGAGGCUUUGAUCAGUCACAGUGGAGUUGCUGUAGCAGACUGUGGAGUACAGCACACAGCCCUGUGGGGCACCAGUGUUCAGUGUGAGUGUGGUGGAGAUUUGACUUUCUUAAUCCAAUGUUCCAGCAGAAAUGAGCUCAUCUCCACAGUCUGUUCUCCAGCAGCUGGCUGUGGAAACACACCUGAGUGUGAGGAGAGAGAGAAUCACUGCCCAGCCCUGGAGGAGACAACUCCAACCCCAGAGACCCUCACUGAGCCCCUGGUGGGAGCCAGACCAUCACUAAUCACCCAGACCACUGCCAAGCUUUUGUUUGAUGUCUUUGUGAUCUGUGGGUUUGUUGGCUGA